AUGUUCGCGAAGUACGCUCUCCCCGUCGUCGCGGCGGCCGCCGGUGCCCAGGCCGCCUCCUGUAGCAUUUCGGCCACCACCACCAUCUCCACUGGUGCCACCGGCCUCUCCUCUUGCUCCACCUUCACCGGUUCCAUUGCCAUUGCCACGGAUGCCACCACGGUCUCGCUCGACGGUGUUCAGAAGAUUGACGGCGACCUGAUCGCCACCAACGCCACCGCGCUGACCAGCUUCAGCGCCGACAGCCUCGAGGAGGUCGACACUUUCCACCUCGACCAGCUCACUGUCCUGGGCUCGCUUACCUUCCCCAAGCUCACCAAGGUCGGCGCCAUCGAGUGGAGCAGUCUGCCCGCUCUUUCCGAGCUUUCCUUCACCAGCGGUGUCAAGGAGGCCGACACCGUCAACAUUCAGAACACUUUCCUGAGCUCUCUUGACGGCAUUGCGCUCAAGGAGGUUUCGACCUUCUUCAUUGCCAACAACAAGUACCUCAAGGAUAUCACCGUCCAGUUCACGAGCAUCAAGGACGCUCUUACUCUGUCCGCCAACGCCGAUGACCUCCAGGCCUCUUUCCCCAACCUCGAGUGGGCCUACAACAUGACUUUCCGUAACGUCAGCACCAUCUCUACCCCCUCGCUGGCUUCCCUGAACGGCUCCCUCGGCUUCUACGGCGACAGCAUCAAGUCCUACGAGGCUGCCAACCUCACCACCGUCGGUGGCUCGCUCUCCUUCGUUGGCAACGGCCAGCUCACCAACAUCUCGCUCGACGCUCUCGAGAAGGUCAGCGGUGGCUUCCAGAUCGCCGACAACCCGAAGCUCCACAACGCUUCCUUCCCUGCUCUUGAGACCGUUGGUGGUGCUCUUGACUUCUCCGGCAACCUGACUGACGUCUCCCUUGAGAGCCUCAAGGACGUCCGUGGUGCCUUCAACAUCCAGUCUGAGAGCAACAUUGAUGACGUCUGCUCGCACUUCAAGUCCCUCUCUGGCAACAGCAACGUCAUCAAGGGCAAGUUCCAGUGCGCCGGCAGCCAGUCCAACCCCGGUGGUGCCGACACUACCCCCACUGGCUCCAGCUCUUCCUCCAAGUCCACCAGCACUGGUGCUGCUGGCCACCUCGAUGUCACCAACGCCGCUGGUCUCGGUGCCGCUGGUGUCCUCGCUGCCAUGCUCGGCUUCUUCUAA